AUGCCAUCCCACAGCACCUUGUGGAUCAAAUGCUUUCUCAGCAAGAAGAUGAACCAGAAGCAGCCAAUCCCACAGUGGAUGUGCAUGAAAGUCAGGUACAACUCCAAGAGGAGAUACUGGAGAAGGACUAAACUGGGCUUGCUGAAAAAUUCGCCAUCAUUACCACACUUGCAACAGCCAAUCUGUAUCUUCUACUGA